CUUUCUCAGGAAUUUCCCCUCAUCAGUGUUCGGCGAAUCCCCGUUCUCCUUUCAGCCACAGGCACCAUUAUCUUCCCCCCUAGCGACAGCCUUUCCUCCGGCCAACUUUGCCUAGCAACAGAGAUUCUCACACCCCCCCCCCAAGCUCUGCGCAUGCGUCCAUGACAGUCUCAAAAUGUAACAAUUUUCGAAUUCGAACUUCAAGCUGGGACCGUCUUCAUCAAGGACUGUGGUCGGAUCGGGCGCUCCAGGAGCGCUCGGCGGCCCGUCCUCAUUUUUGACGGGCGGGUAAAACUUAGACGGAAGGGAAGGGAAGCUCGGAGGGGCUCCGUGGGCCACCGCCGCCUCCUCCUCCUCCUCCCUCCUCCCUCCCCGUGACUGAGGGGAAACGGGCAACUGACAAGAAAACCAUCUUCAUUCAGGGAUUUAGGAGCCUAACUUUACAGGAAUCCCAGCCUGGGCUUCCAGGAGCAUAUUUCAGAAGCCCUUUCUCCUGAGCUGAUACCACUCUAGCGUCUGGCUCACAGUCCCCUGCAGUAGGGACUCCAGAUCCAAGAGCCCUUGGGUGGUUUUAAGGAGGGCAAUGAGUCACGCAGCAAGUAAGUGUCUGAGGCCGGAUUUGAACUCAGGUCCUGAAUCUAGGAGCCUUUUAAAGUUUUGUAAGAUGAUUCCAGGGUGUUUCCAGGCCUUGACCCAUGUCUGUUUUGCAGCCUGCUUAUGCAUGAUCACUGUCCAUAUGGGACUGUUCGAUGAUAUCUUCACUGAAGUUGGUUAUGAGUAUUAUGCAGAGGUGCCAAUUGAACAUUACCCUGCCUUUGUAGCCAUGCCUUUCAAUUCUAUCAUUAAUUUGGGCUACAUUCUUUUGGGCUGCUACUGGUUGCUGAAAAAUAAUCAAGUCAUAGGGAAUGACAAAGAUGUGAGACAGACCCGUUACUUGAAAGAUGUCUUUGCAAGCAUGGCCCUGCUGUAUGGUCCUGUUCAGUGGGUACGCAUCUGGACCCAAACUCACCACUCUGCUAUUCUAGACCAGUGGCUUACCUUGCCCAUUUUUGCUUGGCUAGUGGUAUGGUGCCGCUAUUUAGAGGCUGGUUGGCAUCCCUGGUCAUUCCUUUUUAUUGAGUGUGUGUCCCUAGCCAGUUAUAGCUUUACCCUGUUGCACUAUCUUGCAUUUGAUAUAAUCCUAUCACUUCACAUUCUCACUGCUGUGUGGAGCGCCAUACGUGUGCACCACCAAUAUGGAAACAAGAUCUCUGCUGUAUAUAUCAGCCUGGCUUUGCUAUUUUGCAUGGGCUUUAUUGUCCUUAAACUGGCUGACCACUGGCUUGCUAAGUGGCAUAUCUUCAGGGAACUGACUGGACACUUCUGGUCUAAAUUUUGUGACAUCAUGCAGUUCCACUUUGCAUUUUUGUUUUUGACAUACUUAAGCACUUCCCAAAGAUGCUGUCUUGAGAAUAAGAAUAUUUAAGUGGGCUACAAAAGCUUCUAUCUUAAGUGUUUUCGUUAAUAUAUCAAUUUGAAAAACAGUUUUCCAGCCAAGGAUAUACAUCUAUUUCAUGUUUGUGCUUGAUUCAUUUCCUUGUUUUGCUUCUCUUAUCCACGUUUUUCA